AUGACUAAGAGAGUCUGUUAUUAUUUGAUGCAGUUCGAAGAUCCUCGUGAUGCUGACGAUGCUAUCUAUGGCCGUGAUGGAUAUGACUUUGCUGGCUGUCGACUUAGGGUUGAGAUUGCACAUGGUGGUCGUAGAGGUUCAUCAUCAGUUGAUAGGUACAGCAGCAGCUACAGUGGUAGCCGUGCACCUUCAAGACGCUCCGACUUUCGUGUGCUUGUGACUGGAUUACCACCAUCUGCUUCUUGGCAGGACCUUAAGGAUCACAUGCGCAAAGCUGGAGAUGUCUGCUUUUCUGAAGUUUUUCGUGACCGUGGAGGCAUGUCUGGGGUUGUUGAUUAUAGCAACUAUGAUGAUAUGAAGUACGCGAUAUAUUAUGGAGUUACCUCAAAUUUAACUGUUCAGGUGAGAGAAUAUGAGUCGAGGAGUGUGAGUCGCAGCCCGGAUUAUUCCAGAAGCAGGAGUCGGAGCCGUGGUCGAAGCUAUAGCUAUAGUAGCAGGAGCAGGAGUGUGUCACCUGCUAGAUCCGUUUCCCCGCGGUCACGGUCUCUUACUCGCUCUCGUUCGCCACAUAGCUCUGUUUCAAGGCCAGAACUUAAGUCCCGAGACAAGUUGGGAGAUGGUCAGUGA